AUGGAGACUUGCGAGCGGCGCUUACCCGGUGGAAAGAAAAUGGUCGUGCCUUGCCCAUCCAUGAUGCGUGACUAUCAGCGGUGGAUGGGCGGGGUCGACAUUCACGACCAACUGCGCCUCCAGCGCUAUUCUGUACAGCUCUCGGUGGUGUUUCGCAAGUACUACAAGACGAUCUUUCUUGGCCUGGUUGAUAUGGCCAUUGCGAAUGCAUUUAUCAUCUUUAGAGAGGCGCGGAAAGUGAAUAUCGGCGAGGGAUCAGCUGAUCACGCUAAGUUCAUGCGCAUGCCGCAGGCACAGAUGCUGGAGCUGAAAGAUAGCGACUUUGCUGACGCAAUGUCACCAGCACCGCCAACACCGAGCACCCAACCACGUCCAAUCUCCAGCGAGCACACGCUCACUGUGUCCCCAAACUGGGACUCGGUCAAAAUCCGUCGCGACAAGAAGGAGCGGUGCGCUAGCCGUUUCUACUGCGAAGCCUGUAGCGAUGGAGAAUCACGAAUCUACCUGUGCGAUCGUGUGCGGCCAAAACACUACCCUGGGAACAACUUGACCUGUUUUCAGAUUUGGCACUCCAAAUGGAAAAAUGGGAGCGAGCGGCCGCGUCCACUCGUCGGCCGCGACAUCCAGAUGCGUGGGCUCGGCAAGAAGCGCCGUCGCCCGAGCUCCGGUGACGAAGACGAGGAAGCUGAUGAGGAAGACGGGUCGGAGUAG